UUUUCCAGCGUAACUCGCACAGCGCCAUCCAGUGGUAUUAUUAUAUAAACACCACUCAGUGCGAAAAUAAUAUUUUUUUGAUAUACACAUGCUGUAAUCAUUAAAUAUAUAAACUACUCGAAGCUUUUUUCCUAUACACCUUAUCGUUUGAAUCAAUUAUAUCCACAUGUAUAGAUUUUAUAAAGGUUACGAAAAAUGCAGCGCAAAUUUCUGUUUAAAGUUAUAACGAAGAACAUUUCUAUUCUUCCAUAAUUCAUUAAUGACCGCGAAGCUUGACUUUUGUGUGUGGUUGGGUUCUCUAAUCGCAAGAUAUGGUAUCAAUCAGGCUGGGUUGAGUAUUAUCUCUGUAGUGUGAAACCAACGUGCCAUUCUUUCCUAAAACAUAUGAAACGUCGAUGUGUUUGAGACGUGUCAAAUAUCGGAAUGAAAGUUUAUAGUAAAUAACCAAGCAUGACCAUCAUAAGGAGGUUUUGGUGUUGUUGGAGUAGGCGGCCUUCCAUUCUGGCAAGCAGACCAUUCAGAGAAAGCGACUUUGUCAAGAAUGAGAAAAACGGUCGGCCAUCCGUAUUCCUCGACGGUCCUGGCGUCGAGGGAUUUCUUCAGGACAUGGAGACCCCGGCAACCUCGCUAAGUCACUGCCUGGUCGAAAUGUUCGGGAAAUAUCACGACCGCGUGGUCCAGGUGAACGCUGCAACUGGCGAGGUUUUGAAGUACAAGGACGUUUUGUCCGAGGCUCUUGCACUCGCAGCUGGGCUUCGUUCCCUCGGCGUUACCCCCGGGAAACUCAUCGGUUUACUCGCAGCACCAAACGAUCCCAAGGUCAACACGAUUCUCGUCGCAUCGUUGAUCCUAGGCGCUGUUCUUCACCCGAUUGAUCCCAUCCAUAAAUCUUCUGACGCAAAACUGACCACGUUACUGGAUAAAGAUCCACGAAUAGUAUUCUGUGCUGAAGAACACGUCAGUACUGUAGCCAGUCUAAAAUCGGCAAAGACAUCGAUAGUGUCGACGGACAGGAAGGGAAAACCAGAAGACCAUCAUCCCGUAGAAGGCAGUUUUUACUUUCAAAACAUCCUCAAAGAAGAGGAAGGCAUUGUCGAUCUAACGGAUCUAGGACCUCGCGAUGUUUUGGUCGUUCUUCAAGGAGAGAGGAGCAGUGGGGACAUUUUUCUCACGAACGAAAUACUCCUGAAAAAUUCAACCCGAAAGAAACAGUUCAAAAGUGACCUAGGCCAAAGUCUGAUUAUGGACUACGGCGACUGGGCAACAGCGUCUUGGAUUAUCCGGAGGCUCGUUUUAUUCAGAUGUGGUGGCGGGACUCUUACGUCUUUUCCACCUUACAAGCCAGAAACCUCCUUAGCACUAGUUCAGAAGCACCGAGUCACUUGGAUGGCACUGAAAUCGUCCCAAAUCUGGCAACUAUGUGAUUGUCAGGCUAUCGUUGGAUACGACUUGAGUAGCCUAAAAAUGGUUAGCGCACCAUCGAGUGAAUCUGCACUUCACCCCACAAUUGGGUCAAAGCAUGAUUCUCUUCGGGAGCGUCUUCCGGCCACCCGCAUUAUAAUUACAGGAAAAACCAUUGCAGAUGUAGUACCAAUGUGAAUUCAGCUUUAAAACUCAACGAUACAGGUGUAAAAUAGAUACAACGACAAUUCACAUUGGCCGAUAAGUGAUUAACGCCAGACUGAUAAUUCCAUGGCAUAUAAUAGCGAUCUCAACGAACACGUUAAUGUACAUUGUUUAGUCAUUAUUAUCCUGUAUAAUUCUGUAUUUGUUACUAAAGUUUUGGUAUAU